GAAGCCAGAAACACUCCCAAUGACGCUGUGUAAGAGAAAAGAUCAAUGAAAAAGAUGGUGUUUUGGGGAUCUCACAGCCAAUACAGACAAGUGAACAUCCUAUAAAGGUUUCAAUGGGAGCAAUACAGCUGGAGUAACCCACCUGGUACAUAUGACCAAGCACCCCACAUCCAUUCUUCCUACAAAGAUGUCGGACAUUAUGAUCAAUGUGUGCUUUUCUGGAGAAUCUCCUACAUCUCAAAGCAAGGCAAGAAUAUUAACCAGGAGCCGGGUGAGAAAAACAGGGAAAUGCUUCACAGAACGCAGACAGAAGUGGAAGCGCAAGCAAGCUUCAGAUCGGAAUUCCCUUUCUUCACCAGGAUCAAAGGCAGAGGCACUGAUCAGGUCACAUAUCAACAAGCAUAUCAAACAGCAUGAAGAAACUUCCGGGGAGCAUCAAUUCAGAAAAAGCAAGGGCAAAAAUAAUAGAUUCAAUAAGCAUCCAUCAUGUCAGACUUCCUCACACCAUCAGCCUUCAUUGAGUGUUACCGCAGGAGCUGCAGUGCCCAGCAAGUUCCUUGCCAUCGACUGUGAGAUGGUGGGCACGGGUCCCAAAGGAUGGGUCAGCCAGCUGGCACGCUGCAGCAUUGUGACCUAUGAGGGCGACAUUGUGUACGACAAGUACGUCAAACCCAGCAUGCCUGUUACCGAUUACCGCACACCCUGGAGCGGCAUCCGACCCCGUGACCUCUGGGAUGCCACGCCCUUCCACCAAGCCAGAAAGGAGGUAGUGAAGCUUCUCAAGGGGAAGGUGGUGGUCGGCCAUGCCGUGCACAAUGACUUCAAGGUCCUUCAGUAUUCACACCCCCCCGCCAUGACCAGAGACACGUCCCGCAUCCCGCUGCUGAAUGAAAAGGCGGGCUUCAGGGCGAAUCAGUGCGUCGCGCUGAAGAAGCUCAUCAAGGUCUUUUUCAACCGUGACAUCCAGAUGGGCUGCCAAGGUCACUCCUCGGUGGAAGACGCUCAAGCCACCAUGGAGCUCUACAAAGUGGUGGAGGACGAGUGGGAGAAGAUGCUGGCCUCAGGAGAGCCAGUCAGCAUCAGUGGAAGCUGAUUGGAUCAUUGAAAAGGACUCCCCCCAAUCACAUCCUGUUUAAAACUGCUGCUGUGAGGAAAGGUGGUCAGUCACAUCGUAAUGUUACCUCAGUGUGAACUCAGGCUGUCACGGUGAAAUGCUUCUUCACUGGAGCAGAGGUUGUGUCGUCAGUCCUGCAGCACAAGUGACCUCACACAUCAAACACCUCCCUUGUCUCCAUUGUUGCCGCAGAAAGCUGAGAGGGGAAAAAAAAACAACAGCCCAAAAUCAGACAAAUGUAUAAAUGAGCAGCACUAAAUGCUUCUGCUUGUUUGUAUUUUAUGUAUUUUUACAAUGACCAAAGGUUUAAAAUAAUUUUUAUGGUUCUCUGACAGUUUCACUUGUGUGUAAAAAAAUUAUUUAAAAAUUAGACAUUGAUAAACCAUUUCAAAACAACAAAAAGUGAAUUCUGACAUGUAACAAUUAAUUGACAAAGAUUCAAACCUGAUUUCAGGAAAAAUAAUAAUAAAAAAGGAACAAAAGGAACGUGCGCAAAUUAAUAUGUUUAUAUUUCCAGUGCCCAGUUAAAAAGAAAAACAUCCAGGCCUUAUUACAUGUUGCAAAAAAACCAAACUUUGUCACAAUGUAUCACUGCAUCCACACUGUGGACCUAUAUGCUUCAACCUGUCCUUGUUCAACCUUUGGGAAGAAAAUAUCCUUUCUAAUGACUGGAUAUUUUUCUCAAAGUUGGAAAGUAUAGAAGAUGAAGUGCUAGCCAGCUUAAUGAAUUGAAAUGCUUGACAGGAAAGGUGGCCAUAUAAUACAAUAUGGAUUGCAGCAACCUGCUGGGGCAGCUGAUUAAGAAUUUACAUUUUCCAUUAGCCACAUGUGUCUAAUUCACUUUUUAUGAACCACAGUGAGGAAUUUGUGCAUGUUGCACAUUUUUUGCCAUGCAGCUAAGACGAUUCAUUGAGACGGCCAUAAAUAAUGUUCUAUUUUUACACUUUAAUAAAGCCUGGAUUAUGCUGCUGCAUCGAGGAGCCACUGUAUGCUACUUCAAAGCCUCCUUCUAGCUUGUUGUUGAUCAACAAUUUUGGAUCAACAUUUGCAAUGAAAUUGACUUGCAAUUGCAAUGGAACCUUAGUGUUAAGUCGAUACAGAAGGUUUUAAUAGUAAUAUUCUAGGUAGUAAGAACUAUAAAAGCAAUCUUCACUCGCUAAAUGUACUGCAAAAAAGGUCAGUAAGGAUAAUUCAUAAUGCCGCCUACAGAGAACAUACUAACUCCUUAUUUCUUGGACCAGUCAUGAUGUGCCCCAUAUAUCACUAUAUUGACAGUUACCCAUUAUGUCACUGUAUGGUCAUAUCACCUUGUACUUCGGUACGGGACAAAAAGAAAACAAAAAAGAUAUGUGAUAAAAAUAAAAAAAAUUAAACCAUAUUAGGAAAGCAGGAAGUGAACAAAUUUAAGAGUUACUGAUUGUAAAAGUACCAGAUGGAGGGGUAGGAUUUAAUAAGCUUUGCUUCUUCUUACUCCUUUUGGACAUGUGGAACUGUGAACUGAUCAUGUGAUGCAAUCAAUUGUAAUCUGAUGCAUGUUCAAAUGAAAUAAAACCAUUACCAAUCUAACUGAAA